AACGAAGCUUUCGAGGCGUUGAAACGGAGCACCCUGCUCAACCCCAACCAGCGGCUGCCCAAGGUGGAGAUCCUGCGCAGCGCCAUCCAGUACAUCGAGAGGCUGCAGAGCUUGCUCAGCACCCUCAACCAGCAGGAACGGGAGCAGAGGGACCUGCGCUUCCGCCCCGCUGCUCCCCAGCCCGGGGCGACCAGCGAGUGUGGGUCCGGCAGCUCGUCCUGCAGCCCUGAGUGGAGCAGCCAACUGGAGUUCGGCACCAACCCUGCUGAUCACCUCCUGGCUGACGAUGUGGCAGAGGACCGCAACCUCCACUCGCUCUCCUCCAUCGUGGAGAGCAUCGCCGUGGAGGACGUGGCUGUGACGUUCCAGGAGGAACGGGUCCAAAACUGA